CCUCAAUUGACCUCACGACCAAAACAAGGUCAAUUUCUCGUGUACUUCCGACAUGAUGUUGCGCGAGAUUCCUCCACCUCUGCUGCCGAGAGAUGGUGCCCUCUUUUAUCGGCCACCAGAAGUUAAGCUGUGCGAUGACGCCGCGCGUAAUGGCGAUCUAAAAAGAGUCACAGAACUCGUCCAACAGCUCCUCCACAGCCCUCGUCCAUCGUCUGAGACCCAAAAGCCGCACCCGGGGUGGUUGUACAGCUCCAUCACCACCGCCAUCGAGCGCCAUGACCUCGACAUGGUCCAAUUCCUCCUCGACGAGAACGUCACAACCCGGGACGCCCUCCUCCCCUUUGAGGAGGCGGUACGUUGUCGAGCUUUCGAGGUAUUGGAACUAUUCCUACAGCAUGGAUGGGAUAUCAAUAAACCCCUGCAUCGGAACGAACCGCCCGUGUUAAGCAUUCCUCUCUGCACCGGAGACAAAGAAAUGGUCAUCUGGCUACUCGACCACGGCGCCGACCCCAAUGCCCGCUGCGCCUGGGACUACACGCCGACAUCGCAAGCCAUGUUGGGCGCGCCGCUCGAUCUCAUAGACUACCUCUUCACCCGCGGCGCCGAUGCACGGCGUGGAGAACUGCUGCAGUACGCCGUCCUAAGAGACACGCCCGAUGCAUUGGAUGUCGUGCGGCGCGCUGUGGAGCACGGUGCCCCGAUUAACAAGGUCAAGUACGAAAACGAGCCUAAGGUGUUUCGGGAGCGGGAGCUGUUAGGGUUGGGGACGCCGCUGCAUCGCACGGCGGAGUUUGGAAGAGCUGAGAUUGUGAAGUACUUGCUUGAGCGAGGAGCCGAUCCGUUGAAGUUGGAUAGCAGGGGGAAAAAGCCGCGCUACUGGGCGGAUAUCAAGGGCCAUACUCAGGUUAAAUUGAUGUGAACUCUGAUUUCUAUAGACGUCUAGCUAGUUGUAUAUAUACUAGGGGAAGGAAGGGGGCCACCCCCAGGGUGGCGC